AUGGAUAACAUUCUGCGAACUCUUGAGAAAAAUGCGAGGGAGCGCGAGGAACUCGAGACGCAAAGGCGACGCGAAGAGCUCGCCAAGAAAUUGGAGCCGUUUGUGCUUGGCUAUGUGACGAGAAAGAAAUAUCAGGGACAAUUAAGAACGAUUCGUAAUAAUUGCUUCAAAGAUUUUACGGAUUUGGACAAAUCGAACAAAACCUUAUUAACUGUACGGGAAUUUCUGCAAAAAGCUCCGCGAUGUGUAGCCUCGUCGAAAACGGCAAACGAAAUCACUCUUUUCUGCAAUGUGUGUCGCCAUAUAAUUAUUUCGCUCGACUCGAAUUCGAAGGAGGUCAAUUUUGCAGCGGCAUUUCUCAACAAAGAAACGCUUGCCGUUGCAACCAAACUGAUUUCGACGAUUUUCGCGCAAAUUCCCGAUAUUUUGUUGCGUAUCACUGGCGAAAAAGCUGUUGAAUUGAAGCAAUGGCAAUGCUUAAUACAUCUUGUGAUCGGAAUGUCGACGCCAACGACAUGGGCAAUUGUGAGGAAUGCGCCCCAAGUGCAAACUGCUCUAAACGGCCUAUGUGCCAAAUUGAUGGCUGUGUUUUACGAGGAAGAUAACUAUGAGAAAAUGACGAACUCACUGUUCAUUGCUGUCAAUGAUCAAAAGCCCAUUGUGAGUUUGGAGACAGUCAAUGCCCAGUACUCGAUCAUUUACCGUGUGGUGAGGAAUCGUGGAGAAAAUGAAAACUUAUUUUCGAUAUUUGUCACGCGAAUUCUGACCUGCCCGGCGAUUAUUCAAUAUCUUAACCCGCAGAAUCUUGAAAGCAUUCGAUCAACCGAGUUGUUUGAACGAGCGCUUUUUUGGCUUCGUGCCAAUCAGGAAGAACUCGAAUCGAAUCUCGAUGUUCGCGUUAUCAUCAAUUUGCUCGCAAAUUUGAUUCAUAUGGCGUAUAACGACGAACAAACACUGAUCGCCAAUCUGUAUGAAUGGACGUGGUGUAUUGGAGUCGCAUUGACAAGAUGUACAGAGAUGGCAGUAAAUAAUACGAACAAAUCGAACUUACAUUACUGGCAUCCUGUAUUCGGACAUUAUUUGGUUCCUAUAGACAAGAAGACCGAAGGUGCUCUGCGAAAUGUCGUUCAACAACUGCGGCUUCUAUGGAGCGCAAAAAUUGUGAGAUGUUUGUUCGAUAAAGCUUUUGCUUCUGCGCAGGCGCAGCUCACAGCGAAUAAUGAUACAAAUAUGAUCACAACAUCGAAUGCUGCAAGAUCGCCGUCGAAUCAUAAAGAUCUUGGUGCAGCUUUUAGCAAACUUUGGAGGAAACUUGGAGGCACAUCGAACGAUUCAACGUCUUCCACAAAAGAGAAAUGCGUCGAAAUUCCUGAGUCACCGCCUACAUUGACAGCAGUUGUAUGCCAACUUUACAUGACUGCUUUAUCGACAAUGAUCCGCAUGAAGCGGGAGAUCGUUUCUGGACUCUGUCGUGAUGAUCAGCUGCUUCGUCAACUGUGGCUGUAUAUAAAAGAGUGGGGAGCGAAAAAUUCGAGUGGAUCGAGCUCAAUCUUCAACACGUCCUCUAUUGAUCAUUACGGACCCGUGUCGGCGUCGCUACAAUCGUUGAAACGGCUUUACUCUCCACAUACGGCAACACUUCGAUUGUUCGCCGAUGCUACAGCAGCAAUUGUCUCAAUCCUAGACGAAGAAGAGAUAUUCGAGAAAAGUGUGCCAUUCAGUGUGAAAGAACUCGAAGCAGUUUCAAGAUACAAUAAUAUAUUUUGUUUCCGAGCGAUAUGGAAUGGAAUAAUUGACGAAGUGACAGCAUCGACGAACACUUUAUUCCAAAGUAUGCAUUCGCUUUGCAUGGUUCUCUAUGAGCGCGAUAGUCGACGAUCAUUUGUUUCUGACCCAAAAUUCUGGCUUGUUUCUGAAGUAAAAUCAUCAGCGAUAAUGACGGAAUACGAGAAAAAGACAUCACGCGGAAUACUGUUGAUGCGAAAAAUGUCUCAUCUAGUUCCUAUAAAGGAACGAAUGUUGCUUUUUCGCAGACAAGUCAAUGAGGAUAAGACCAGGGUCAGCAAUAUUGCUGCGGAUACUCAUCUUCAAACAUGGAUCACAGUGCAGAGAAAUAGGCUGAUUGAAGACGGUUUCCAUCAUUUGUCGAAAUUAUCUGUGACCGCUCUGAAGUCGACAAUUCGUGUCAAAUUCAUCAAUGAGCAAGGCUUAGAUGAAUCUGGAAUCGAUCAAGACGGAGUGUUUAAAGAGUUUCUUGAAUUGACUCUAAAGAAGGUGUUCGAUCCACAAAUGAAUCUGUUCUCGACAACUGCUACUGGAGUCAUAUAUCCAUCUCCGACAUCUUCCCUUCAUGAAGAUCAUCUCUCGUUGUUCACAUUCGUCGGAAGAAUGCUCGGCAAAGCAGUUUAUGAGGGUAUCGUAGUUGAUGUUCAAUUGGCACCUGUUCUUCUUGCUGCUAUUCUCGGAAGUCAUCGACUUUGCGCUUUUGACGAACUUUCUCAACUUGACGCCGAACUUUAUCGUAAUCUGACGUUUGUCAAGAGAUACGAGGGCGAUAUGACGGAUUUGUCGUUGACAUUCUCGAUUGACGAAGAUUUUCUUGGAAAAAUUCACACGGUUGAUUUAGUGCCAAGCGGAAGAACGAUUCCUGUCACCAAUGAGAACAAAAUCGAUUACGUACACCGAAUGGCUCAUCAUCGGGUCUUCAAACGAACGCAAGAACAGUGUCGAGCAUUUGUUCAAGGAAUUCAAUCGUUCCUUCAGCCAACUUGGCUCAGCAUAUUCGCUCCGCACGAUCUUCAAUGCCUCAUAAGUGGACAAAACAGCGAUAUUGAUUUGGAUGAUUUGAAACGACACGUUCAAUAUUUUGGCGGCUUUCAUGGUAGUCAUCGGCUCAUUAAAUGGCUCUGGGAUAUUCUCGAGAACAAAUUUACUGCCGAAGAACGAAAAUUGUUCCUCAAGUUUGUAACAUCGUGCUCUCGUCCUCCAGUUCUCGGAUUCUCAUAUCUCGAACCGCCGUUCUCAAUCAGAUGCGUUGAAGUGUCUGACGAUCAGGAUCAAGGCGAUACGCUGGGAAGUGUUGUUCGUGGAUUCCUCACUCUUCGCAAUGGAACCACCGCUACUCGUCUUCCAACCGCUUCUACUUGCUUCAAUCUUCUUAAACUGCCAAAUUAUAACAAGAAAUCAUUGCUUCUGGAAAAGCUACGAUACGCGAUACACGCUGGCACCGGCUUCGAACUCUCGUGA